AUGAAUAAUCUUCAAUGUCUUAAUCACAAUACUUCCAAUCCACUUGAUAAUUAUAUCAUAGGUGCAUAAUUUAAACUAUAUAGAGCAGUCCAUUGGCAAGGGAACUUUUGGUAAAGUCUAUAGAGGUCUUCAUAAACCUACUCAAUAAUUUGUAGCCAUCAAGAUUCUUGAGAAGAGUAAAAUUGAACAGCCUGCAGAUUUCACAAGAAUCUAAAGAGAAAUCCAUAUUCUUCGUAAACUUCGUCAUCCAAAUAUUGUUUAACUAUAUGAAAUCCUUGAAUCAGAAACUAAAAUUUAUCUCAUCAUGGAGUUUGUCAGUGGAGGUGAACUAUUCCAACACAUAGUUAAAAAUAAACGACUCUCAGAGAAUGAAGCUGCAGCACUCUUUUCAUAAAUUAUUGAAGCCAUUGAAUAUUUGCAUUCUCUUAAAGUUGCUCAUCGAGAUCUUAAACCUGAAAAUUUACUCUUAGAAAAUAACAACUUAAAAGUAGUUGACUUUGGUUUAAGUAAUAUAUAUACAGAUCAAUUAUCAACUCCUUGUGGUUCUCCCUGUUAUGCUGCUCCAGAAAUGGUUUCAGGCAUUUCAUAUUAAGGUAUCAAGACAGAUAUUUGGGCAAGUGGUAUAAUCCUAUAUGCUAUGCUUUGUGGAUAUGUACCUUUUGAAGAUUAAAACACAAGAAAACUUUAUGAGAAGAUCAAACAUUCUGAUUUUCAAAAACCUUCUCAUCUGAGUAUUUAAGUAAUAGACUUAUUAUAAGGAUUAUUGAAUAAGAACCCUUUAAAUAGAUUUACAAUUGCCAAAAUUAAGAUGCAUCCUUUUGUAAGGUAAUUAUAUAUAUAUUUUAUUAGUAAAUACUCUUAUUCUAUUUAAAUUCAUCGCACUUUGGCAAUCAAUUAAAACAUAAUUAAAUAAUUACAAGCAAUUGGAAUUGAUAGUGAAAAAUGUAAAGAAAUGAUCAUUAAUAAUAAACAUAAUCCAAUCACUACUACUUAUCAUCUUUUAAAUAAAUUACAAUAACCAAAUAAACAAACUUAGAGAGUUAGAACUCAUCAAAGUAUAAAAUCAGUUGUAGAUAAACCAAUAAAUUCAAUAGAACGUAAACCUAAUUUAAGCAUUUAUCAUAAUAAAACAAAAUCAUAUGAAAAUAAUUAUACUACUGCUAUGAUUAUGAAAAAAGAAUAUGAUAAUCGCAUUUCAGAAAGACCUAAAUCUACUGAAAGAAGAGUUUGUACUGAAAAUGAUAGAUGGGAACGUAUUAAAACUUAAUAUGAAACAAAAGAAAAUUCUUCAAGAAAAACUCAUAUGUCAAAACCAAGUAAAUAACCUGUUAUGUAUGCAGAAUAUAAAUUAAAAACAGCAAGAAUUAUGUGAUUAAAAUAUAUAUAUUAUAAAUGAAGAAUUAAAUUUCUAGUUUUAUUCUCAAGACAUACAACAUUUUAGAAGUAUCUCAGAUCACAUAUUUAGAAUAAUAUGUAUGAAGAUAUAGUUAGUUGGAAUCAAGAUGGACUAUCUUUUACUGUCAAGAAUAUAAGUCAAUUCUCAUCGAUUGUUCUACCCAUCCACUUCAAGCAUUAAAAUUUCUCUUCUUUUAUUAGAUAAGUAGUUCUUAUUAUUAUAUUUAGUUAAACAUGUAUGAUUUUCAUAAAUCUAGAGGAGGAAGUGUCAAUGAAUUUAAAAAUGAAUAUUUCUAAAAAGGAAGAAAGUAUUAAUCUAAUUAAUUAGGGAUCUACUUAAUUAAAUUAAACGAAAAUAACAUAAUGAACUUAUACCUAUAAAUUAGUCUGUCUAACAUGAUUCUUCAGAUUAACUCAAUUAAGUAACAACUAUAAAUUUAUUAAUAAAUUAUAGCUCUCCUAAAAAUGUGAUUACUUACAUAAUCUUUGCUCUUCACUUCUGAAAAGAAACUAUAAAGUUAUGAAAGAUAACAAAAUUCUCUAAAAGGUUCUAAUAAGUCAUAAUAAACUCUAACUUUAAGAUGAAUUAAAUCAACCAGAUUAAUUGUGUAUAACAAAUGAAGAACUUACAAAUAAUAUUGAAUGA